AUGGCUAAUGCAGAACUCUGGUCGUCGCCUGUGGUGCAGGCCCUCUUUAUUCCUUCACCUCCUGCUCCGCUCUCGCCGAAGAUCCUAUCGGCUAAUCUCAACGUCAUAGCUGAAGCCUCUGCCUAUUGCCGAUACGAGUCCUCCACCUGCUCAUUGCUCAAUGACGAUUUCAAUGGUUGUCGCGAGCUUGUACAAACCCAAGAAGGUAAUCCCUAUUCUGACCACUUGCACUCGAUCGCCCAUAGGCGUGAGCCCGACUACUGGAACUCCAGGUAUUGGAUUGAGAGAUUCUCUCAUGAGCACUUGCCGGAGAUAUACUCGCCUGGCGGCACCAUUACUCAGGCCAAGCAGGAAAUGGAAAGGUUUGUAGAUGCUGUACAAAUUGUCGAGACUUCCGGAAAGGGGGUCCUGAACCAUGAGAAGACGCAGUGGGAGGAAAUGACGAUGCUCGCGAGAAUCCUGAUUCACUUGGAAUAA